AUGGUGUUCAUAUCGCUAGAAGAUCUACCCAAACCUACCACCCAAGUGGUGGUGACCCCGGGAUCGUCAGCCAAACAGGAAGACACUCCCAUUGCCCGCGCAGGGCUCUUCAACCAGCGGGCAUCUUCGUCGCUUGUAUACUUUGUGCUAUACGUGUCGGACAGCGUCAUUAAGCAAAAAUGGGUGCUCAGCAAAACCACCGCUGACUACUCGCAGCUACGCAAGAGCAUCCGUCGAGUCGGAAGCGGAUGCAAAGACCCCGCGUGCUGUGGCCACAUGCAACGGGUUAUCAAGGCGUCUCCGAGUCUCACAACACGACGUAUAUGGGGCUUCUCCACACAGUACGAUCAAUGCAAUGCGUUCCAGACCUUCGUGAACGACUUGGUGCUGAGUGUCCUGGGACGCGACACUCAGUGCGAGUUCAUGCAACAGACACGACACAUUGUCGAGGAAUUUCUCGACGUCACACACCAACGAGCCAACGCUAUCGACCGCGUGCUCCGUCAUGAAAAUCCAGCCACUUCACCGACAGAAGCUCCAUUGAAACCUUGUCCAGCAGGUCAAGACUGUGGCAACGCGAGUGACGACAGCUCCGAGUGCCCGAUCUGCUGUGGCGAUUUGGCCGACGACCAAACGCUGCGUCUGCCGUGCGGCCACAACUACCACGCCGGAUGCGUGCGUGUGUGGCUGAACCUCCAGCACACGUGUCCUGUGUGUCGUCAACAGCUCAACGAGGGCGUCAUCCCAGACAACUAG